AUGGCCGAUGCAGGGGAAGAAACGGAGGAGGAAAACGAACUCCUUCGACCCGGCGCGAACCUUGCACUGUGGGGAGCUGCAGCCGUGGAGGUGCAAAACGACCCAAGUUCACAGUCCGCAGUAGCCCAUGCUGUGCAGAAGGAUGGUCGCGCUUUGAUUCAUGCCGUACCUGAUUUGAAGGAGCAGAAAGAGGUGGCAUUGAAGGCGGUCGCUGCAGAUGGCACUGCCCUUAUGUUCGUCUCUGAAAAUAUGAAGCAAGACAAGGACGUCGUUCUCGCGGCUGUGCGACAAGUCGGAACUGCCUUGCGUCUGGCUGCUGAGCCACUGGCUGCCGACAGAGAUGUAGUUCUUGCAGCUGUGCGCCAGUGUGGACAAGCACUGCGCCAUGCUGCCGAACAUUUACGUGACGACAAGGAGGUGUGCUCAGCAGCUGUGCAGCAGAACGGUCGAGCGUUGAAGCACGCUUCGGAAAGACUCCGGGCCGACAAAGAAGUGGUUGAUAUGGCCAUUGAGAAUACAACAGAAGCUCUCCCCUAUGCUGGGCCCGAGCUGAAAGAGGAAUGGGAAAAUGUGCUGACAAAGAGAUGGAAAGCAGCCGGUCUUCACAUUGAGCGGCGGUUAGCAGGACAGAUAGUGAACCAGAUUGCGACCAACUGA